CAAGCGUGGGCGCCUGGCCUGGCGGUGUACACAAAAUACAGUUAGAACAUCCUGGCAGUGCGUGAAUUACCGGUAUCUUUACUCCGAAUACCGUUAGUUUGGCUAGAUUUUACCGCAGAUUAUGUCCAAAGAAUCACACCAGAACAAUGCAGCGCCACUUGCAUCAUCUUCGAAGGUUCUGCACGGAAAUCUUCCCUCGCAGCACCGUUCGCCGACUGAAGGUGCGUCCAUCGGAUUAUGAAAUUGGUGAUACUGGUGGAGAAGAAGCUGUGAAUGAGGGGCCAUUGGAAGCGGUUGUGGAGGAGCCGAUACCCGGAGAGGUACCAAAUGCAGCCCGACUGAAUGAGAUGAAUAUCCAGUUGCUGUCCAAGGGGUUGUACGAGCAGAUUUUCAGAAUUGGAUCGUCAAGCGGGAAGUCACAUUCGCUGCCGGCAGCUCAGAUUGAAGCACUGCGGAAGGAUCUAACACGGCACGGAAUUCCUUUCGCGAAUCCGGACGUCCUACCGGACGUUAAUCUUCGACUUCCGAAGCUAAAGGGUGCCAACAUUGAGGAACACUUUCUCCAAAUUGCACGCGAACAAAGUCAACUGUACAGGGAUCUGCUCCAGAUGCUGAUCAGUGGGAAGAUCCCGCCUCUGCCGAAAAAGUGGUCCGACCAGCCGGGUUGGACCGUUUAUGAUCCGGAGCGGGGAGCUGCUGCGGUUCCUUACCCGGACGAGCAGGCAUUUGUGUUUGAUGUGGAGGUGUGCGUUAAAGCUGGAGCGGCGCCGGUGAUGGCCACGGCUUUGAGUCCAACACGGUGGUAUUCGUGGGUCGGGACGAAUUUGAGCAGCCAGGUACCAUUCGGAGAGGGCCACCGCUAUCAGCUGCCGGAGCUGAUCCCGAUGGAAUCGAGCGACCGGGAUCGCCGAUCGGAUGUUCGCUUCCAGGUUCCAAAAGUCGUUGUAGGUCACAACGUAUCGUACGAUCGGGCUCGGAUCCGAGAGCAGUACUGGCUAGAGGGGACGGGACUUCGAUUCGUAGACACGAUGUCCUUGCACGUUUGCGUCAGCGGCGUGACCAGCUAUCAGAGGGCUAUGCUCAAAUCGAGCAAGGAGAUGCCCCUGGAGGAUCUGGGGUGGAGCAGUCAGAGUUCGCUGAAUAAUCUGGCGGAUGUGUAUCAGCUCUACUGCGGAGAGAAAUUGGACAAGGAGCAGCGGAAUAUCUUCCUGGAGGGAACGCUGGCCGAUGUGAGGGAGAACUUUCAGAGUUUGAUGAACUACUGCGCAGGGGACGUGAUGGCCACGAAGGGCGUGCUGGAAAAGUUGCUUCCAUUGUUCCUGGAGCGGUUUCCUCAUCCGGCCACGUUGGCCGGAAUGUUGGAAAUAGGGAAUGCUUAUCUGCCGGUCAACAGCAACUGGACCAGAUACAUUCAGGAGUCGGAUUUGGCGUACGAGGAUUUGGACAUUGAGGCGAAGCAUCUGUUGGCUCAGAGAGCGGAUGCAGCUUGUCGGCUGAUGCACGAGGACGAGUAUAAGAAAGAUCUGUGGCUGUGGGAUCAGGAUUGGAGCGUGCAGGAACUGAAAAUGAAGGCGGCCAAAAAGGUGUCGACUCGGAAGAAGAAAACUGAGCAGGAAGUUAAGGUGGAGGAGAAGGUAGUUCCGGUGAUUGAAGAGGAGGAUGAAGAUCCACUGGCGAAAAAGUUCGCUUAUCUCUACGAAACAAAGGAUCGGUUGCCGGUGAGACGACCACUGCUUCCGGGUUACCCGGCUUGGUAUCGGAGUCUGUGCUCGAAACCAACGGAAGACGAAUGGUCCCCGGGGCCGAACAGCAUCGGCACCGGAAUGCAGAUAGCUCCGAAGCUGCUGCGGCUGUGCUGGGAGGGCUAUCCGUUGCAUUUCAUCCGCGGUCAGGGUUGGGGCUUCUUGGUGCCGCACAAAUUCUGCCGCGAGGAAGACGCCGAAGAAGGAGGUAUGAUCCCGUUGGAACAGCUGGCCGCGGCAUGCCCGGUUCUGGAAAUUAAUCCGGAGGCAUCGACCGGCGAAAGUCAGGAAGCGCUCGGGAGUUUGUGGCGGGAUGUGGAGCAGAACAUCAGCCGGAAGGAUUACUACCGGAGGUUGCGGAAGGACAAGACGAACAACGCCUACAAGGGAACCGGGAUUUGGUGCAAUUUGGAUUUGGAGGAGUGCUGUUAUUUUCUGAAGCUACCCCACAAAGACGGACCUUCACAUAGAGUUGGCAAUCCGCUAUCGAAGGACUUCCUGAACAAGUUCUCGGAGAACGUGCUGGCUGGGGACGGGAAGACGGCCGAACGGGUUGUGGAAAUUGCCAAGAUGCUGUCCUACUGGAGGAACAACCGGGACCGGAUCAACGGACAGCUGGUGGUCUGGCUGGGAAAGGACUGUCUACCGAAACAUUUGCGAGACGAGGACAAAGACUUCGGUGCGAUAAUUCCGCAGGUUGUGGUCUGCGGAACGCUGACGCGGCGGGCGAUGGAACCAACCUGGAUGACGGCGAGCAACGCGCAGAGGGAACGCAUUGGAAGCGAGAUGCGUGCAAUGGUCCAAGCUCCGAAGGGGUACAAGAUGGUCGGCGCCGACGUAGACAGCCAGGAACUGUGGAUCGCCUCGGUAUUAGGAGAUGGCCAUGCGGCAGGGAUCCACGGGGCCACACCCUUAGGUUGGAUGACCCUGAGUGGAUCGAAAGCGGCCAAAACUGAUAUGCACAGUGUCACCGCGCAGGCCGUUGGAAUAUCCCGAGAUCACGCCAAGGUCAUAAACUACGCCAGAAUCUACGGAGCCGGACAGAACUUUGCCGAACGACUGCUGAAGCAGUUCAAUCCGACCUUCUCGGAAGCGGAAGCUCGCUCCAAAGCCAUGAAGAUGUUCGCCCUGACCAAGGGAAAGAAGUUCUACUACCUCAAGCCGGAGUUCCGGGAUGAGUUUCCGCACAAAGGCUACUCCGGCUACGAAGCCCUAAAGAUGGCCAAGGUUUGCAACAAGGCGGUGGACGAGCUGUUCGAGAAGGCUCGCUGGGAAGGCGGAACCGAAAGUGCCAUGUUCAACCGCUUGGAAGAGAUCGCUGGCUCCGAGGCGCCGGUCACCCCGUUCCUAGGGGGUCGACUGAGUCGAGCGUUGGAACCACAGGAGGGAACCGAGGAACGGUUCCUACCGACACGGAUCAACUGGGUUGUGCAGAGCGGAGCCGUGGACUUCCUCCACCUGAUGCUGGUCUCGAUGCGCUGGCUAAUGGGCAAUCGGAUUCGCUUCUGUUUGAGCUUUCACGACGAGGUCCGGUACCUGGUGGAGGACCGGUAUGCCCACCGAGCUGCGCUAGCCAUGCAUGUGACCAAUCUGCUGACACGAGCUUUCUGCGCUUCAAGACUGGGUCUCAAUGACCUGCCCCAAUCGGUGGCCUUCUUUUCUACGGUCGAGGUGGAUACCGUUCUGCGGAAGGAAUCGCACAUGGACUGCAAAACCCCUUCCAAUCCGCACGGGCUAGCCGUGGGGUAUGGCAUUCCCAAUGGGCAGUCGCUGGACAUCUACCAGCUGCUGGAAAAGCUUGGCCCGUCCGAAUCGGAUAUGACCCGAUGGGAGUGGCACCGGGGAAAAUCCGGAACCACGGCCCCAGGGCAACCAAAGAGAAAUGUUAAAGUUAUAAGGCGGAAGUCGAAGUAAACGUUAGUUGUUGCUUAGAAGUUAUCCAAAAACAAUGCUUCAGCUCCCUAAUUCUAAGAUUUCUGAGAAAAAAUCUUGAGAAUUUAGGAAUAUACUGGAAAAACUUGUAAGUGCUGAAAAACUUGCAGUGCUGAAAAGUUCA